AUGAUUACGUGUCAGGAGGAAGUGUUUGCCUACUUUAAGACGCUGUCAGGAUCAAAACGUAUCGAAUUGAUCUGCGGCAUCGUGUCAAUGUGCAUACCUCUGGAGGUGCGAUACCUCGAAACUUUCAUUCAGGAUUACGCCAAAAAGAGCUGUGGCGCAUUUAGAGAAGCCGAGUCAAAGGCGAAUUCUCGACAAGAGCUUGAACAAAUCUGCAAAUGUGAUCUACUCAUGGAGAAAACCUCUCCCGAUCACGAUGAUGUGGAGAUAAAUGGAAAUGGAGAUGGCUCUGCGGUGCCGGGCCCUGAUGCCGUUCAAAAGAUGCUCCUCACCAAGUAUCCCUCUCGGUCGAAACUCAUCAUCUCACUAUGCUUGCUGCAUUCUACCAGUCACCAGUGCUCAUCGUUAGCUUACAACUUUAUCAGUAAACAGCUGACCACCGAAGCACUGUUUAACGCCGUCUACAAUGUAUAUAUUCCCAAAAAUAUCCCCGUAGACACGCUCUUCAAUGAGAUUUUGCUUCUGCUUACGUUGGCCAUAUACCACCCCGCUUUCACGUACGAAGAGCGCGAUCUGAUGAUCAAGCAGAAGGAGGACGUAGAGAAGGUGUACCUGGGGGUGCAAACGUACUACAUUCAGGCGGCACUACAGCAAGCGACGGUCGGAUUGACGGCCAUUCAACAGCCGCCGCCGCCCCCUCCUUCUCAGGCAUCUGUUGCCGUCGCCGCCUCUGCUGGACCACCGCAAAUGGGAAGUGGCCAGAACGCCUAUGUCUCCCAGGGUGGACCUCCUCAGCCGCAGCACCUUCAGCACAAUCCACAGCAUACUCAGCCGCAAUCUCAGACGGUUCACUACUACAGCAGUGGGCCGCAGCAUCAGGCCAGCGCAGGGAUGGGCAGCGGAGGAGGGAAAGGACCACAACCGCCGCCCCCGCCGCCUCCGCAGCAGGCUCCGAUGCCUCACCUCGCCGCGGGACUUCAUGGCUCGGCGGCCUUUCCACUGUCUGCGUUCAUGCCAAGCACUGUGCCAAUAGCAAACCUAACAUAUACUCCUCAGCCACCGACGGCGCAGGCAUCCGCCGCGGCGCAAGUGGCCAACCAAACGAAUGCAGUCAUUCAGAAUAUGUCCAUUCUGCGAAUCAACUCUCCCCCGUCGAUCACCUCUACUUCACCUUCGCCCACCAUAUCACCAUCUUCGGCAAAGAUGGCCGCUGGGCCGCCACCCAUGUCGCUUCCCAAUCAGCAGCCCAUAGCCAUCAAGCUGGACAAUCUGUACACCUCAGCGGCCACCGGCCUCCCACCCAACUCGCUAAUCAGCGUGCCCUUCGUAAGUGAUGCCACUGGCGCCCCUCCGGGAGGUAGCUCUCUGGCGCAACCCAUUCCCUACAUGAGCCUCCCUCCCGGCCAGCCGAUCAUCGUGGAAGACCAUCUACCGAAGGCCGUCGCCUCUUCAGUGUCCUCCAACUCGUCAAUAUCCUCUUCUGCGUCUUGCUACAAUUGCGGCAGUGCUGGUCACAGGGGCACUGAAUGCACCUCCGGUGGCGACGAGAAUCGAUAG